CCACCUUGUCCAGUCCGACAACCCGGAGCACCCGGCAAACCUGAUCCCCUCUCUUUGCGCCAAGUUCUGGACGCUUGGCUGGGUGACUGGCACAGGCGGAGGAGCCUCGAUUCGUGAUGAGUAUGGACCAUCUAUUACAACUGAACCCCUCCUCAUCCAUUACCCCGCCAUCCCAUCCCAUCCGCACCUUCAACUAACCACCAUGGUACCCAUGGCACCAUGACACAGUGACCUGGUCUACAUCGCGCCAUCAGGCGUGCAGAAGGAGCUGAUGAAGCCGUCCGACAUUUACGUCCUGUCGCUCGCAGCGCAGGCGCAGUCGCUGGACCGGCGCAAGCGGGUUUACCUGCGCAGCCCGCCGCAGCACAAGCCGAGCCAGUGCACGCCGUUGUUCCUGGCGGCCUUCACCAAGCGGCGCGCGGGCUGCUGCAUCCACACGCACUCGCACUGGGCCGUGCUGGUGACCAUGCUCCUUGAGGCCCAGGGAGGGUCCCGCGAGUUCCGCAUCAACAACAUCGAGCAGAUCAAGGGUUUUGGGCGGGGCUUCGGCAAGAGUGGGAACCUGGGGUACCACGACACGCUGGUCAUUCCCGUCAUCGAGAACACGGCGCACGAGGAGGACCUGACCGAGUUCCUCGAGGAGGCUAUGGAUAAGUAUCCCGACACAUAUGCCGUGCUGGUGAGGAGGCACGGUGUCUACGUGUGGGGCGACAAUGUGCACAAGGCGAAGACGCAGUGCGAGAGUCUCGAUUAUCUUUUCCAGCUGGCGGUUGAGAUGAAGCAGCUCAACCUGCCGUGGGUAAGCGAAGUCGAACCCGUCGUACCGCGGACGUCAUAGGCAAGAAAAACACCGC